UUUUUUUUCUUUCCUUUGUUUCCACCUCACACUUACAUCCUUCUUUAUAUCCUCACAUCCUGACAUCCUGACAUCCUGACAUCCUCACGCCUUCACAUAACGUCACAUCCUUCACCUCCGAUUACAAUGUCGAUGGCUGCCUCGCUCGAGGCUGCGUUCACUCUCGAUCCCCGGCGGGCACAGCAGCAGCAGCAGCAGCAGUGCCCCAAAAGAGAUUCGCACGCGUCCUUCGCGGCAAGCACGGCGAACACAGGGGCACCAGCACUGCUGCAGCCACUGCAACCGACCGAGUCCUGUCCACUCGAAGCACACCCUCAGAAACACUCACCACAAAGGCAUCUCCUGCUCUCAACACCACCACCACCAACAACAACAACAACAACAACAACAACAACAGCAACAACAAUAUCCCACCCAUCUUUACCCCACCUUUCUUCUUCGUCUUCUUUUUCCUCCUCCUCCACCUCUUCUUCUUCAUCUUCUUCCUUUCAUUUCCAUUCCCAUUCUCAUUCUCAUCCCCAUCCCUCUUCCUCUUCUUCAACAUCAUCCUCACCGCCCUCCUCUCCCUCAUCCACAUCCCCAAAAGACAUCCACUUCAACACAAACACACUCCACCACAGAGAACAGCUACCUCCCCCCUCGCGGCCUGUCUUCACCAACACUCACUUCUCUGCUCUGCCCCACCCCUCUCCACAACAACAACAGCAACAACAACACAACCAUAACUACAACAUCCAGCCCCAGCAGCAGUCCUCUCCUCGUCGCCGCCGACCAUCCCCCUCUGCCCGCACCUCAGUCGACACCAAGGCUGACUACAAACACCCUCCCUCCGCUGGUGGCUACAUAUCCAUGGAUGAUGGUUACUCAUCCCAAGGUGGAUACUCCUCCCAGGGCGGAUUCUACUCCUCUCCUGACGAGUCCAAGUACGCGAGCGGGCCUGGAUACAGCAGUGGCAACGGCUCCAAUGGCGGACGCAGGAAAACAACCCCCCCGUCCUCCCAAGAACAAAGUCGCGCUCCUAUGGAGACCGUCGGCAUGCUCGCCAGUAUCUCAAAAACACUCAGCGCAUGUAAGCAAACACGCAUGCCUCCCUUUAUUAUUUCACAUGUGCACACAUCAAAAAAUAACAACCAAGCAAGCAAAUAAUCAUGCAAGCAACCAUGCAAACAACCAUGUAGCCAAGCAAGCACAUAGUAUGAUACGAUCCCUCUAACACAC